AUGGCCGGGGAGGCGGCGGGCCCGCCGGUGAAGGUGCUGUCGGCCCAGCUGCGGCGGGCGGAGCGGGGCGCGGGCGGGACGUGGCUGCUGUGGCGGGCGGGCCGGGCUCCGCUGGCUCUGCGGGCCGUGUGGAUGCAGGGCACGGUGCUGGAGGUGCAGCGCGGCGCCCGCGGCGGCUCGGCCCGGCUGCGGGACGGCACCGGCGCCUUCACCGUGCUGGGCGUGGAGCAGGUGCCGCAGGGCCGGCCGUGCCUCAGCGCAGGGAAGUAUGUAAUGGUGAUGGGUGUGGUGCGGUCCUGCAGUCCUGAGCCUGUUCUUCGAGCAAUAAAGAUGACAGAUCUCUCUGAAAACCCUGUACAUAAGGAUAUGUGGAGCCUUGAAGUGGAAGAUUUGCAGAGAGUCAUUCCCUAGAUACUGUUUCUUCUGCCUGAAAUAACUGGAAAUGUACUUUCUUGGUGCAGAACAUCAGACUAUUCUGUGUGUUUGUGGUUUCAACCAACCACCAGUUACUCUUGGAGUAAACCAAAGUGAGAAGUCGGACUCAGAGUCAAGUGUAGGGAUCAGUGCUUAUCUGAUAAUAACUGCAAUGUUCAUGUCUUCCACCAUCCCUUUUUACAACAGCAGAUUGGAGAAACACCUGUUUGAUGUUUUGAGUAAGAUGUCCAUGCUGUUGGGAAUGCUCCAUGUUUUUGUGUUAGUUGUUUCUAGGAGCAUGUGUUAAGGGAGUCAUUCCUGAAGCAGGGUGGGUGUUCUUGGCAACAAGGGCUGCACAGAAUUUAUGUUACCAGGGUGAACUCAAUACCUGGAACAAAGGCAAAAUGUGUUUCAGUCUAUUUAGGUUGUGGUUGGAAAUAACACCUUUGCCUGUAUUCUCUCUUUCAGUAAUGACCACGUCAGUAAACUCCACUUGUAAGACAGAUGUCUCUUGGUAACCAUAAAGCAGAGUCUUGUACUUAAAAACCUCUCUGGUUUCUGAAAUAUUGAAAGUGGUACAGUAAUGACCCCUGUGUUCCAGUGAAAUGAAAUAAACUGAAAAGGCAUGAUGCAGGAUUCCCUGGGAUAUGUUCUCCAAGAUGCAAAUACUUCUACCACCUUAUGAAACAAGCUUUCUACCCCUAAGUUUUUCUCUUUUUCUGCCCCUCUUUUUCUCUUUGAAGGUUUCUUGUUCCAAUAUAUGCUAUUUUUAGCUGUUUAAAUCAUUCUAAAGUAUAUUUUAUUUUUAUCUUUCUUUCUUCCUUCUGUGGGAGAACACAAAAGUAUGACAUCAAAAAGCCUUUAAAAAGAAGAAAUGUUACUGCUAUUUAUUUUCCCUCUCGUCUAAAGAGAGCUUGAAUCCUGAAGAAUAUAUUGCAUUAUCUGUGUGGAAUAGCUUUGUGGUUUGGGACUGUGUUGUCCAGGAAUAUAGUUGUGUUAAUUGGGAAUGCAUGUAGGAAGGGAAGGUGAUUUUUUUUUAUUGAACACUGUACAAUUUAAGAUGAGAAUCAAGGGAUAAUAACUGAAUUUUUUUAACUGUGAGGUUAUGUUUUCAAAGCAUGUGGAAAUUAAAUUGUGUCCUUUAAAGAUUUGAGAUCUUUGCAGAUGAAGGACUGACUUUCAGAGUGCAGUUCCUAGCCUUGAGUUUGGUAUUCCAAGCCAGACCACAUCAGAGACAGUAGGAUAAUGGAAGUCCUGUGCUCUGAGGCCCUGCUCAUGUAAUACCAAAAUACACAGAGAUACAGAAUUUUGAUAGUCUGGAUUUAUUUACUAUUUUUAAUCCUGGAAAAAAACCCAAAUCACUUGUGGAAUGCUGCAGCCUUUCAGAAAGGAUCCAUGUGGUCAGCAUGCUGACUGGCAACUGUUCUUACCUGAGGAUAGUUUUCCAUCUGAAUGCUUCUUAUGCCAGGAAUCUGAAGUUUGUUCCAAACAUGUUUACCUUGCCAUGCUUUCUAACCAGGCAAAACCCUGGUAAAACCCUGGAAAUAAACAGCUAAAGCCCUGGAAAUGAACAGUUAAAACUGCUGCACCCUUGCUAGCAUCACUGAAUUUACAGCAGAAUUAAACCAUGCCUUGUCAUCUGGCAGCGUUGCAUAUUUACGGAAUGCGUUUGAAGAGUUGUACUGAUGUAGGGUUGGAUUGUCUUUAGGUAGGGCUGGAUCGGAUCUAGACAUGAAAGGCAUAACCUGAGGACAGCUCAGAGAUAACCAGCAACGGCUGAGGGCAGUGGCUGUAGUUUAAAAUGUUUAUUGGGCGUGAAAUGGCAUCUUUAUCUCCGGUGAUAAGUUAAAUACAGCUUGUAGGAGACCUGGUGUCUGCAUCCAGCUCGAUCUGUCAGACAUCCAACUGCUGUCUGCAGUUAACAUUUAGUUAAACUUCUGUUUAUUGCUGACUGAGCUUUUCUGAAUCUCUUCCUCUACGUGCUUUGUUUUACUUUGUUCUUGCAACUGUCACUUCAGGAUUUUUUCAAAGGUGCUCUGUGUGCUUAGCUGGGGAGUGAAAUGGCAUUCAGUGACUGGGGAGAAGAUGAUGCAUUUUUUUGAAUGACUAGCUGCUAUAAAUACUCUUUAACUUCCAGAAAUAUUUCAUACAAUUUUGGCUUCAUUAGAAAACACCUCCGUAAGGGUUCAGAGGAAGACUUGAUUUCUACCGUGUUUUAUACAGCAGCAUCUGAUGGGUGUGGCAAUCCUAAAAAGUGCAGGGUUUUUUCCAGACUAGUGUGGGGAUCAUGUUUUAGUUAGAAUUUGUAUCACACUGGGGAGUCAAGUGGUCAGGAAGAGAGUGUGGCUGAAAGCAGCAUCCACGAGGUAACAGAGGCCAGUGCUGGGUUUGUCUGUGAGCCAUUCAAACCCAGCCAGUUCCAGCUCUGUAGAUCAGGUUUAUAUUCUUAUGAAUAAUCAAUAAAAAUGUACUCCAGCAUAAUAUUAAGGAAGUCAAAUGUUUAUUAGCAUUAUCUCCUAGUUCAGAACCCCAUUAUUUCAAUGUUUGCAUGUUAUGGAAAGGCAUGGGAAGGAUUUUGCAGUGUUAACAUUCUGCUGAAGAAUAGCUGCCUUCCAGGUACUGUGUGCAGAAAGGUAAUGCAUUUCUUUAAUCAUUAGACUUAAAAUAUAGAAGGUGAUUUCACAGGUAAGACACUUUCACACAACAGUAGUUAUAACACCUUAAGGCUACUUUAUGGGCAGGAUAGGUAUCAGUCACCCUUUCCCAACACAUCAACUGAUUUCUGAGAAAGGGGUUCUAAGGGCACAAAGGGAGGAGGUAAAACUGGUACACAGAUACCAAGAAGGGUAUUUCUCAUUUAACAGCAUACACAUUAGUAAGGGAAAAAUCAACCAGCGUAAAAAUGAGAAAAUUGUUAAGUGCUUUCAAUUAUUUAACCAUCUUAUUUCUACUGUAGCUCUUGUGUGUUGAAGCACUUCCCUGGAAAAAAAAAAAAAAAAAAAAAAAAGAUAA